CAUAUUAUUCGCGAAGAACGGCAUCGUUUCAAUCCGCUAUUUCUAUAGCUGCGGAUCCUCUCUUCUCCGCCGAAUGAGCAUCUCUGAGCGGCGCAAUUCCAAUCAAAUAUCGCUCGUACUAUUCCUGUGAUGCUCGGAAAUCGAACGGACAACAAUGAUUCCUAACCCUCUCUCAUUUCCAUCGAAUUUAAGGUACGCUACUAAAACCCCGCUUCCCCUUCUCUCUCGCCUCUUCUUCUGCACUAACCCCGCCUCUAUCGACCACGACGUGGAAGUCGUUUAUCGCAUCAUCACUAGCUCAUCCUCUUCUCAAAGCCUAAAACAAUCUUUAAAUUCAAGUGGGAUUUUUCUCAAUAACGAUUUGAUCGAUAAAGUUCUCAAAAGGGUCAGGUUUGGCCAUGGAAACCCCUUGCAAGCACUUGAGUUCUUUAAAUUCACUGCCAACAGAAAAGGGUUUUAUCACACUUCGUAUUCGUUAGAUACCAUGCUUUAUAUAUUAGGUAGGGGCCGUCAAUUUGAUCUUAUUUGGGAUGUUUUGAUUAAAAUGAAGAGGAAAGACCUGUCUUUGAUUUCCUCACGUACUAUGCAAGUGGUUUUGGGUAGAGUCGCUAAGCUAUGCUCUGUUAGGCAAACUGUGGAAUCUUUUAGAAGGUUCAAGAAGUUGGUUCCUGUGUUUGAUACGGUUUGUUUCAAUGCACUGUUGAGGACUUUGUGUCAAGAGAAGAGUAUGGCUGAUGCUAGAAAUGUGUAUCACACAUUGAAGAAAGAAUUUAGGCCUAAUUUGCAGACUUUUAAUAUACUUCUAUCAGGUUGGAAAUCAUCAGAGGAAGCGGAGUCAUUCUUUGAGGAAAUGAAGGAAUUGGGUAUCAAACCUGAUGUUGUCUCGUAUAAUUCUUUGAUUGAUGUGUAUUGUAAGGGCAGGGAGAUGGAGAAGGCCUACAAGGUGGUUGAGAAGAUGAGAGACGAGGAUAUAUCACCAGAUGUGAUAACAUAUACUAGCAUCAUUGGAGGGUUGGGGUUGAUCGGUCAACCUGAUAAAGCUAGAGGUGUAUUAAAGGAAAUGAAGGAGUAUGGAUGUUACCCAGACGUUGCAGCUUAUAAUGCUGCUAUUAGGAAUUAUUGUAUUGCAAAGAGGCUUGGUGAUGCUUCAAGUUUGAUGGAUGAGAUGGUGGACAAGGGUCUCAGUCCGAAUGCUACUACUUACAAUUUGUUUUUUAGGGUAUUUUAUUGGUCAAAUGACUUGAGGAGCUCAUGGAGUUUGUAUAGGAGAAUGAUGGAUGUUGGGUGCUUGCCUAAUACGCAGUCUUGUAUGUUUCUGAUCAGGUUGUUCAAGACGCAAGAGAGGGUGGAUCUGGCUCUACUGUUGUGGAAUGACAUGGUGGAGAAAGGUUUUGGAUCUUAUUCAUUGGUAUCUGAUGUGUUGUUUGAUUUACUCUGUGAUUUGGGGAGGUUGGCAGAAGCAGAGAAGUGUUUCCUGCAGAUGAUCGAGAAAGGGCAUAAACCAAGCAAUGUUGCUUUCAGGAGGAUCAAAGUUCUCAUGGAAUUGGCAAACAAGCAUGACGCACUCCAAAACUUAUCGGAGAAGAUUGCUAUUUUUGGGUCUUCAAUUCAAGUUCCCAGAGGAGAGGAGCACCUUAAUAGGACAUCAUAUAUAGACUCACUUCCUGCUUAAUUGUAGAAUAGAGCUGCGACAAGCCAUUGCAUGAAACAGCUUUACUGUUGUAGCAGAGAAUUCAGAGGAGGGCAGAGUGUUGUUUGGUUGUUCUCUUUCUGAUGGUAGAUACUGAAAAUUUCUUGCAUGGAUGAGGAGCAUUCUGAGGUGUGGUAGACAUUCCUCGAGAAAUAUUUUUGUCAUUUUUUAAAUUUGUUCUGUUUCUGCCUGGAAAACAUGCAUGAGAACUCAGAAGAGAACAUUUGGCAUCGAUGAAAAAUAAGAAGUUCUUAUUUGCUUCUUGAUUUAACAAAAGGGGAUUUUGGCUGCCUUUGAUUUUCAAGCCACGCCUUUCGCUGAAGUUUGAGAAGUGAUGUCUUAACUAGCAAGCAUUUCUUUGGAAGGGAAAUGUUGAGAAAGAAAUCCUUCUUAUAUGUUGGUGUUAAGGCUUCAUUUUGUCAAGUUUUCAGUUUUGACACAUCAUCAACCAUGACCUUGUGCUGCGCUCUGUGAAGAUAGAUGGCCAUUCGGUUUCAUUGGAUCCUCCGGAUAGAAAGAUAAAAUGUAUAAGAGCGACACUCUUGUAAUUUUCUUUUUCCUCCUCUAUUCUUUUCCCUCCAUGGUAAUGCAUUUCUGUCCUCAGUGUAACUAUUAAUGAACAUUUGAGGAUUUUAUGAACCAGGCUACUUUAUUUAAGAAUAUGGUCAAGAAUACUCUCUCUUUGCAA